AUGGCUCGCCCGUGCCACACAAUGGGCGUCGUGACUCUUCUCCUUCUGGCGUUCGCCCUCCUCUCCGCUCACGCUGCGGAGAUGAAAACCCGCGACGACCUCGCCGGUUCCGGAGGAACCAACAAAGAUUUUAUCAACAACUACGACACCGUCACUCCCGAAUCGGUCAUCACCCCCCGGCCCAGGGACCCCCAGCCUGUCGCCGAGCCUGUUCCCGAGCCAGUGACUCCCGAGCCUGCUACUCCCAUCAGUCCCGUCACCACUCCUAACCCCGUGUCGGCCUCUCAGGACGUCUUCACUGAUGAUCCCUUUGGCACUCCGAAGCCGUCGGUCACGAAUGCGGGCCCGUCGUUCGACCCCAACGACCCUCUGGGCGGCAGGGACCCUCUCGCGGGCGACGACACCAAGGCCGGUAUGCAGCAGACAAGCGCGACCGACUCCAGCGCGUAUGACGGCACUGCGCAACCCAACCAGGUAAACCAGUUGCCCCCGACUUUCCCCAAUGCGCCCGCCAACGACACUGGCGUCGCCCAACCGGCCACCUGCGACCCGUCCGACCUGGCCGGUUACACGUCGUCGCAUCAAAUCACCAAGCACGGCCACGUCCUGCACUGGGCCGUCGUCUCCCCAACGGUCGUCAAGAUCGCGUUCGAGGCGAAGCGCGGCAGCGGCGCGGCGUUGGGAUGGGUGUCCGUGGGGUUCUCCAAGGACGGCAAGAUGUCGCCGGCUGACGCAAUCAUUGGCAACCUUCCCGACUCGCCCAUCGCAGCGUACUCGAUGACUGGAUACGACGCGGGGUCCAUCACGGUCAACAAGAACCUGUGGAUCGGCGAUGACGCCAGCCUCGUGUCAAAGACCAACGGCAGCCUCAUCAUGAAGUUUUCGAGGUCCAUCACUGAUGGCGUUGCGCCCAUCUCCACGACUGCGCCCGUCACCGUCAUCUGGGCGUUCUCAGCCGACAACACCAAGCCGCUCGCCUUCCACGGUGACAAGAGACGUGGCUCUUUCCAGGUUGACUUCUCGUGCAAUGGCGGCAGCGGCGUGGGGAUGCAGCCGACAACACCUGCGCCGGUGCCGGUCCAGGAUACGCAGGUGACGGUGGGGUCGUCGUGCUCGGUGUCGACGCUCGGCCAGUACGACCAUCAAGCUGACCUUUACGACGGAAAGAUUCUGCUGCACUGGAAGGUUCUGCCCGGCCCCGUGUUCCAGAUGGCUUUCGAGGCGAAGCGCCUCAGCGGCGCGGAGAACAGCUGGAUUUCCGUUGGCUGGUCCAACAACGGGGCCAUGGCGCCUGCCGAUGCUGUCGUUGGUAACAUGCCCGGGAUCAAGGCAUACCGCCUCGAUGGUUACAAACUGACUGAGCUCGUGAACGGCACGUUUUCGCUCGGGCUCAACCCGUCCGUCACCACCUCGGCUUCUGGGUCCACAGUUGUGAAGUUCUCCCGUACCAACGGGGACGGCGGCACAGUUCCGAUCAACCUGAGCGGCGAGACGUACGUCAUCUGGGCCUUCUCCCGCGGCAUGCUUCAGGCGUUCGGCUAUCACGAGUACAACAGAUUCUCGCUCAAGCCCCCGACAACCACUGGCGCUGCUGCGGCUACAGGCAGAGCCGCCUCUGCUACAGUCGUCACCGGAGCAGCUGUAGCGGCGGCGAAGACAUUGGUGACGCCUGCCGCCACGGGCACGUGCCAGGCGUCGACUCUCGCGGGCUACACGAGCUCCGUGGACCUCUCAGGCAACGGGCUCAUCCUCCACUGGAAGACGUCAACGGGGUCAACGAUCGACCUCGCUCUCGAGGCCAAGUCAACGAGCGGCGCGGCGGGCGGGUGGUUCUCGGUGGCGUGGACCAACGGCGGCAUGUUCAACUCCGACGCCGUCAUCGGGAACCUCGCAACGGCCAGCGGCGUCGGCACGUACGCGAUAUCCAGCUACUCGAAUGUGGUUACCACAACGCGCUUCGCCAUCACCGGCACGAGCGUCACUUCGUCGGGCGGGAGCACGAUUGUGAAGUUCACGCGCGCGUCGGGGAACGGGCUCGUGCCGGUGAACGUGGCGGGGAGCAACAAGCUCGUGUGGGCUUACUCGUCCGGCGGCUCGAAGACAGUCGCCAACCACGGCGGCUCGCACAGAGGAGUCAAGACCGUUGAUUUCUCUUGCGACGGCACGGCCUCGGGGUCAGGCGGGUCAGGCUCGGGAACAGGCUCGGGUUCCGGAGCAGGCACGUGCACCGGCAACACAGGCGUGAGCGGCACGGCAUGCCCUGCGUCCACCCUCUGUGGCUACUCCUACCAGGCGCAGAUUAAAUCCGGCGUGCUGCUGCACUGGAAGCGAGCAUCCGCCUCGCAGCUGGACAUGGCCGUGGAGCUCAAGAGCAGCAGCGGCGCCAGCAACGGCUGGUUCGCCCUCGGUUGGGCCAACAGCGGUGAUAUGGCUCCCUCCGACGCAGUCAUCGGCAACAGGGCGGGUGGAGUUGUGAGCCCGUACCGUAUCACUGGCUACACCAUGUCCUCGUUGCAAGGCGCCUCGUUUAGCAUUGGCAGCAGCGCUGGGACUGUGACGUCUGCUACAGGGUCCACAGUGAUCCAGUUCUCGCGCACGGCCAACACAGGGUCUCAAGGCAUGAAGAUGAGCGGCGUCAGUCGGCUCAUCUGGGCGCACUCCAACUCUAACUCCAAGACCCUUGCUUUCCACGGGGGCGCCGAUGGGCGGAUGUCUGUGGACUUCUCCUGUGCCACUGCCCCAUCCACUGGCGGCGGCGGUGGGGGCGAUGAUGAUGAUGAUGAUGACGAUGAUGACCAUGAGGGGGGUGAUGAUCAUGACGGUGAUGAUGAUGAUGGCUUCGGGGAGGGUGGUUCCGGUGCAGGGAGCGCGUUUCUUUCGCAGCUCCUCGCUUGGCUUGGCUCGCUCUUCGGCUUCCGCAAGUAG